AUGGUGUCCGCUAGCACGCCUCGCGGGAUCGCGAUCCAACGCUCCCAGGGGGAUAGUAUUCGUGACAGGAUCGAGCGCAUAAACGCGGAUCUCAAGGAGAUUAAGAAGUUUUAUCCCAUCAAGCUCUCUUCAAGCAGGACAAACCGACUACGCGGGUUUCUCACGUCCGAAUUAAAUCUUCUCCGCGACCAACCUUUUCAUACAUAUGACCAACAGGAUAAAGUAGACUACCUCCUUGUCAAAAAUUAUCUGGAGAGGCAACACAGAGAGCUGGAGCUCGACUCCAUCCAGGAUCAAAAAACAACGCCGCUUCUUCCAUUUGCAAAAGCGAUAAUCGACCUCUGUGAGAAUCGUGCCAUUGGUUCCCCGGUGGAGCCUCAGAAUGCCGCGCAGGAGCUGUUCAAGUCCCAAGGCCAAAUCGACGAGUUGGUGCAGAAGAUCAAUAGUGACUCCACUCAGUUCAGUGUGGGAAAAAAUUCCGCUUUUCGUGCAGCGAGCACCAUUGAUUCGCUGCGAGACAAUCUGCGAGAAUGGUUCGGAUUUUAUAAAGGAUAUGACCCCUCGUUUGACUGGUGGGUGUCGCAUCCUUACGGGGUCGUGGAUGCCAGCUUAGAAACUAUCGCAUCUACUAUUCGCGAGAAAUUGGUGGGUAUUGACCACCAAAAAGAGGAUGCAAUUGUCGGCCAGCCGAUUGGACGAGAAGGCUUGCUUGCUGAGCUUCGGGCUGAAAUGAUUCCAUAUUCACCAGAAGAGUUGAUCUCGAUCGGAGAAAAUGAGUUUGUUUGGUGUAUUAACGAGAUGAAAAAAGCGUCGAAAGAUAUGGGCUACGAUAACUGGCACGAGGCACUAGAACAUGUCAAGAACGACUACGUUGAGCCAGGGAAACAGACGCAACUUGUUCGUGAUCUUGCAGAAGAGGCGAUCUCUUUCGUUGAAGAGCACAAGCUUGUCACUGUACCACCACUUGCCAAAGAAACUUGGCGCAUGUUUAUGAUGUCGCCAGAGCGGCAGAAAGUGAACCCAUUCUUCCUUGGGGGCAAAUCUAUCAUCGUGUCAUACCCAGUCAGCACCAUGAGCCACGAGGAUAAGCUGAUGAGUAUGCGUGGGAAUAAUGUUCAUUUUUCUCGGGCCACGGUUUUCCAUGAGAUGAUCCCCGGUCAUCACCUGCAACUUUUCAUGAAUGCGAGACAUAGACCCUACAGACGUCUAUUUGAUACUCCAUUCUGGAUCGAAGGGUGGUCACUAUACUGGGAGUUCAUUCUCUGGGAUGACGAUCGAUUCAAGAAAACUCCUCAGAACCGCAUCGGAAUGCUAUUCUGGCGACUCCAUCGUUGCGCCCGGAUCAUCUUUUCUAUCAAGUUUCAUCUUGGUCAGAUGUCUCCUCAGGAGUGUAUUGACCUCCUAGUUGAUCAAGUUGGACAUGAGCGCGCAACAGCUGAAGGGGAAGUUCGUAGGUCGUUGAAUGGGGAUUACUCCCCACUGUACCAAGCGGGAUACAUGCUGGGAGCCUUGCAAAUUUACGCACUUCGUAAGGAAAUGGUUGACUCGGGACGAAUGGCGGAGAUGGAUUUCCACGACCAGUUCUUAAAAGGAAAUCGUAUGCCAAUUGAACUGGUUCGGGCUUCAAUGCAGAACCAGGCACUUACUCCAGAUUUCGAACCAUCUUGGAAGUUCUAUUCCUUGAAAUGA